AUGUGCCAACUGUUCAAGAAACUCAAUAAUAAGCAGUGUGCUGGAACUUUGCCAGCAUAUGCAACUCUGGUAGUUGGUACGAGCCAACUGUUCAAGAAACUCAAUAAUAAGCAGUGUGCUGGAACUUUGCCAGCAUCUGCAACUCUGGUAGUUGGUACGAGCCAACUGUUCAAGAAACUCAAUAAUAAGCAGUGUGCUGGAACUUUGCCAGCACCUGCAACUCUGGUAGUUGAAUUCAGAUGUCCUGAAGGAUCCAGUAAAUGUUUGAAGGGUCGUGAAUGUGUUCGGGAUGAUCAUGUCUGUGAUGGCAAUAUGGGGCCUGAAUACGACUGUACAGACGGAUCAGACGAACUAGACUGUGAUUAUGAUUACGAACGAUUUUCUUGGUCAGAUUUUGGCAGCUGGUCAAGCUGUUCAGCCAUCUGUGGAGGAGGCACUCGUUUCAGAGAACGGCGUUGUCUAGAUACUAUAUCAUAUCGAUCAGUAACCAGUCGAUUUUGUGAAGGGAACAUAACUCAUGAACACGAGAACUGCAGCACACACAAUUGCCCAAAUGAAGUCCAGUUUGCUCUUUACGGGUCAGAUGGGAAACCGAGCAAUGGAAGCGCUGGAAUAGUUUUGGCGAAAGUGCUAAACUGGACUGUAACCGUCUCCCUGGCGGAUUUUUUAGACCACAAAGCAGAUGUCAUAUGCAGGGAACUUGGUUACGACCAUUCAGAGGACUGGUUCGGAGCAGAGGUCUCGUUUUUCACAGAAGCCUGGUACGAUAAAUCGGUUGAUGAACAAGAAAAAGUUAAUUUGGAACACGACGAUAAGAGAGCGAUGCGAUAUAAACAAGGAUAUGAUAAAGCAAUGAGUAUCCUUAACUGUGAUGAAGCUAAAAGUUAUCUUGGUUUCGAAAACUGUUCCUACUCCUUGGAGAUCCUAGAGAAGAAUGAUAAUAAGUAUAACAGGAAUAAAUAUUAUUCAUUGGGACUUUUGUGCAAUAUACAACCCGAGAGUUGUACCAUUACUGAACAUAGGGGAUUUCUGAAAAAUGUUUGUCAAAUCGAUGCAUAUUUUGAAGUUUUUGAAUGCUUAGACUCUUCGGCAUAUUACGUAUAUUUGCCAAUAAGGAAACCUGAUGGAAUGUUAGAUGACGUGUCAUAUCUGUCACACACUAGUGUUUCAAAGAUCUGUUCUGAUGAUCCACAUGUAUACCAAGGUUGUAUCGCGAUGGAUUUGAUUCCACCAACUAGACACAUUUCGGGACCAUUUUGUGAGACGAAUUUCUCAAAAGAUAUUAAGGGAAGGGUACCUAACAUGUUCGACCUGUAUGUCGAUGCCAUCCCUCCCCAAGAUAACAUUAUCACUAAAUGUGAUGGAUUAUGUGAUGAUAGUCUGUGUCGUGAUGAGGCAUUGUGUAAUGGUUAUCGUUAUGAUUGGUUUUGUGAUGGAAAACUAAGUAUCGUCAUGAAACAGAACUUUCUAUACCUAUCUCGUGGCUGA